GUGGCUACAAUUAAGGAUGCUAAAUUCAAGUCUUAACAUAAUGGAGGAUAAACAACCAUGCAAGCCCAAACAGUGCACAAAAUAAUGGAGAUUUUAUUGCAUCUCUAUUUUUAGGACGACAACACUUAUAAUACAUUAGGUUUCAAGUUGGAUUUAGUUACAAUACAGCAAAUCAGCUCUCACUGCAGCCAUUCUGUUGUAACCAACUGAUCAAACUACACCAGCCUGCAUAAUUGCUUAGCUCCUAUUGAUCCUAUAUAAAUACCUCCACCAUUCUCCAACUCUUACAUUGCAAAUUUAAUCUCUAUUAAUUUUACUCUAUCAUCGAUCAUGGCUGUCUUCAGGCUCUUUGUUGUACUUCUUUCCAUUUGCAUCCUUUCCUUCUUUCCUAAUGCUUGUCAUGGGGCCAGCAAAAUGAAUGUCAUUGAUCAAUGCUGGAGAAUGAAUCCGAAUUGGCAGAGAAGCCGACAACAUCUGGCUACUUGCUCUGUGGGGUUUGCAGGGAAAAUGACCAACAAUGUUGGGAAAAAUGUUUUAUGGUAUAAGGUCACCGAUCCUAGUGACGACCCUGUGAAUCCCAAACAAGGGACAUUAAGAUAUGGAGCUACCAUGAUCACAGGAAAAGUCUGGAUCACUUUUGAGAAGAACAUGGACAUUAAACUUGAGAAACCUCUUCUUAUUAGCAGCCAUACUGCCAUUGAUGGUCGUGGCGUUGAUGUCAGCAUUGAAGGCAUCGGAUGCCUCGUGGUGUACAAGGCAACCGACGUGAUCAUCCAUGGCCUCAAGAUUCACCAUUGCAAGGCACAGGGACCUAGCUCAGUCAUGGGACCGGAUGGGAAACUAAUGCCGUUAGGUCAGAUGGAUGGGGAUGCCAUAAGGCUGGUCACUGCAUCUAAGGUUUGGAUAGACCACAAUACAUUAUACUCGUGCCAGGAUGGUCUUCUUGAUGUCACUCGUGGAUCUACGUUUGUUACUGUUUCUAACAAUUGGUUUAGAGACCAAGACAAGGUUAUGCUUCUUGGACAUGAUGAUGGGUAUUUGAGAGACAAGAACAUGAAGGUCACGGUUGCCUUCAAUCAUUUUGGUCCUAAUUGCAACCAAAGAAUGCCUAGGGUUCGCCAUGGAUAUGCACAUGUAGCUAACAAUCUUUACCUGGGAUGGGAACAAUAUGCAAUUGGAGGAAGCAUGAAUCCUAGCAUCAAGAGUGAAUCCAACCAUUUUAUUGCACCUGCACAAUCCGGAAAGAAGGAGGUAACUUGGAGAAAUACGGAGAUAGGUGCAAAAGGCAAGCCCUGGAACUUCUACUCUGUAGGGGAUAUGUUUACAAAUGGAGCUUCUUUUGUCCAAACCGGCCGCAGAGGUACGGCAAAGCCUAACUACAAUAAGGAGCAAACGUUCAAAGUUGGAAGUGCAAACUCUGUUCAGUCAAUGACUAGCUCAGCAGGUGCUUUAACAUGUUCAAGAACAUUGACAUGCUGAUGAGUGAUGGGUCUGAGAGUUGCAGAUUGAGAGAAAAUGCAGAUCCUAAAGCUGAAAAUGUAUUUUUCUUUAA